AUGACACUCUUGACAUUGUCUGCAUCAGUUCCUGGCAUGAAACCGACCUGUGAUUCACAAGACAAUUGCCAUGCUACUAAGGGACAGAGUGCACUGGUGGGAUCAAGCCUUGUGUUUCAUCAUUUGUGUGGGUACAAACUAAUUUUAUUUAUUUGCCAACUAAAAUCUUACCACUUUAGUCCUCUUGGUAUUCUGCAUCCAAUAACUGUUUUCUAUGAACUAAGUUUUGGGGAGACAGAAAUGAAGCAAGUUGAAGUUAGGAGAUCCCUGCACUCAAGGUUGGGAUUACCCUAUGGUCGUCCCCUUCCAAGAAAUUCUAAUGCCUUGGAUUUUUCAAAAUUGAAGCGCAAUGAUAUGGUCUCUCUACGUAAAGGUUCAACUUUGCUCAGAGAUGUCCACAUUGGGAUUCCAAGUAGUGGGGUUGCCGGGGGAAAUGUUUCCCUUAUUUUCAAGGUUCCUAUGAAUACUUCCAUUAUCUUCACGAAGAUUUUUGAGAUUUUGAUAACAGGACAAAGACUCACCCUCCUCUCAUACUUGAAGACUGGUAGUUGCGAAGGCAAAGAGGAAAACUCAGCAUCAAGCAAGUAUGUGCUUUGUGGCAGAGGUUGUGAUGGUGGUGAUAGGUUUGUGGGGAGUGUUUCUGAGGCCAAUGAUGUUCCAAUGUGUUGCAGAGAUGGGAGUGGUGGUUGGAUGUGCCAUCUUCAGCCUCAUAAGACAAAGGCCUUCUUGGAUUCUCCCUAA